UGUCUGCCUGCACCACUCUUUCAAUCUGCAAAGAAUUCUUCACAAGACUUGCAUAUCUAAGUUCUCCUUGGGGUUCCGUAUUGACACUGGUACAAUAACAUGCAGCUUUUCCCAAAAUCUCCUUGCGACUUAUUUGCCAACUCUUUCAAUCCUUCUGUGACAGUUAUUGCCACUUGUCAGGAAACAAGGAAUUUCCUAGCUGGGUUCUUUGUACCUGGAAAUCGACCCCCCUUUAUAAGCCUACAUCCGACUUGAUAUCUUCGAAGUGACCUUGUACAGAUAACCGUGGGUGUAGGGAUUAAAUCCCCCCAAAAGAUUUCAUUUGUCUCCCUGGACAAUUUGUACUUAGACCACCUUUUAGACAUUGUGUAAAAUGUAACUUGUGAACCGUGUGGAACUUUUUGUUAUAACUAGCGUUCUGAACGCGGUGAUUUCGGCUUUCUAAACUGCAAGUUCAUCUACUAGCUUAUGGAGCUAAAUGGUACACCUACUUCCUGGAGGUCAUCGGAUACUCCGGACGAUCAGUCUUUGUCGCCUAAUAGUUGUACACCCUUAUCUGAUGCGGAUGCUGAAUCAAUCUCCUACACGAUUGGGGUGACAGAAAAUACACCUUAUGCUUGCCAAUUCUGUGAUAAAGCCUUCCCUAGGCUUAAUUAUUUAAAGAGACAUGAACAGGUACAUAGCGAUCAAUUACCAUUUAUGUGCGACUACUGUAAACGUCUUUUUAAGCACAAGCGCAGUAGAGAUCGCCACGUCAAGCUGCACACAGGAGAUCGCAAGUAUCGCUGCAAUCAGUGCGAAGCAGCAUUCUCUCGCAGUGAUCAUCUCAAAAUCCACAUGAAGACGCACGAUAAUGCCAAACCAUAUCAAUGCACUGUUUGCAACAGAGGAUACAACACAGCAGCUGCUCUCACAUCUCACAUGCAGAACCAUAAGAAGGAUCUCACAAAUCCAUCCAGUCCAUCUUCCAACUAUGGAGGCUAUCGUUGUCUGCAGUGCUCGGCAUCCUUUCCUUCAGCCAAAGAGCUUCAGACACAUGUGACAAUUCAUGAAACUGCGCAGUCUAAUGAACGAAAACAUAACUGCAAUUACUGCUCUGACGUCUUUACAAGCCAAGAGAUUCUAGUGACUCACUUGGAAGAAAAGCAUGCUUCAGAAUUCCACACUUCAUGUCCAGAAUGUGAAGAAACUUUCAACAACUAUUCGGAAUUCCUUGUCCAUAAAGAGUUUCAUGCAACUGGAAAGAGACGACGUGAAAAUUCUGAGUUUGAGUGCACUUUGUGUUCCGGAAAAGAAUUUGUGUCCUCUGAUGCCCUGAAGCAACACAUUGAUGAAGUGCAUAUUAAGAGGAGCAAUAGCAGAGACUCGACUCCAGCGAUUCAUUCUACCACUAGUCCGCAAAACAAUAUUGGUAAUUCACCGGAUAACAGAAGUUUCAGUUCACCCACUAGAAACACAUUUAGCUGCCAAUACUGUACCAUGAAAUUCGAAAGCGUUUUUUCCCUUCAGACACAUACCAUAGUUGUGCACAGUUCCAAGGAAAUCACAGAAAAUGGGCGUAGUAAUGAGCCCGUCUGCACGCUGUGCAAUAAACUCUUCCACGACGACCUAUCCCUUACCGCCCACAUGAAAGUGAUGCAUGAUAAGGAAUUAAAUCUUGCAAAAUAUCAUGCUGAAAAAGAAAUGUCUAGAAGUAAAAACUCUAGUCCAAGAAAUCCUUUCAUGCUUGAAUUUCCAAUUUUCAACAAUGGCUCGUUUGGUGGCUUUCCCAACCCUGGUCCACUACUUUGCAACCAAUGCAAUGCAGCCUUACCUGAUUUUGAAUCAUUUAGAACACAUCUUAAAACUCAUUUGGAAUGUGGGACGCAGAAAUUUAGUUGUUUUGAAUGUGAUGGACAGUUCCCUUCAGAAGAAGUAUUUAAUAACCACGUGGCUAAUCAUUAUUUAGCCAUUUCGACCGAAUAUGGCUGUCAAAGUUGCCCUAAAAUGUUCUCUAAACCAGAUCAGUUACAACGACAUUUAAUGGACACACAUGCUCACCAACUUUAUCAGUGUUCCCUCUGCAAAGACAUGUUUCAGUCCAAAGUUGAUAUUCAAAUUCACUUUUCAAUGAAACAUAGUGACCAAUGCCGUACUUUCAAAUGCACAUCGUGCAAUGUUGCCUUUCAAACUCAGAACGAAUUCAGCCUGCAUGUUAAAAUUGCUCACUUUGCUAAAUAUCCCCCAUUUCGUUGUCCCAUUUGUUCUCUUUGCUUUCCAUCCGAAUCACUCUUUCAAGUUCAUAUGCAGUAUCACAAGAAAUACUCCUGCUUGUUUUGUCCAGAGUUCUUUCCAGUAGAAUUUCUACUAGAACGACACAUUCAAGAAAAACAUUCAGGAGAAAAUAUCCUUCCUGUGACAGCACGAGAGAGGGAGAAUGUCCAAAACUUAAGUAUAAAGACUAACUCAAAAUCUGAUAGUGAUAGCAAUUUUGAAUCUUCUCCCAAAAAACAGCUACGUUGUGAUAUGUGCGACAUUAGUUUCACUGUAGAAUCAUCCUUAAUUGUCCACAAACGCCAGGUGCACCAUAUUCGAACAUCGGGAUCCCAGAAACCAGGGCAAACUACUCUUAGUCUAUUUUGUGCCUAUUGUAAUGAAUCAUGUAAGUCCAGAACAGAAUUGGAAAAUCACAUGAAAUCUCACACAGUGAGCCCCAGCAAACAUAAAUGCAAUAUAUGUGACGAAAUCUGCCCAUCAGCUGGCACUCUGGCUGAGCAUAAACUUGAACAUUGCAAAGUGGUGACAAACAGUACGUGUGUUGUAUGCCACACAGCAAUACAACAAGAAGACCAGUUUCAUGCCCAUACACAUCAACACAAUCCUCAAGGACUUCCAGCACCCUGCAUCAUAUGCCGCCAAACACUAAUGUCUGACGUUGAAGUUCAAGUACACGCAAAACAUCAUUUGCGAUCCACAGAAUUUUUGUAUAACUGCUGCGUGUGCGGACGUAAGGGUUCCAUACAGCAACUUAUCAUUACAGGAACGCAAGAAAAUCAUACUUACAUGUGCAAAAAUUGCUUUCACGCCAAAGGUAAUGAUUUUCGUUUCGCUAAAAGUGAUGAUCUUCGCUGUCAAAAAUGUCAGGUAAAGUUUGAGAGCAUUUUAGAGUACGAAAAUCAUAAACUAUGCCAUCAAAAUACAUUUCAGUGCAUUAAAUGCCAACUGUCUUUCGAUUCUCUAGAAGAAAUUCAAGUUCACGUAGCUACUCAUGUUCUUGAGGAAGGAACUGAUCAUGUUUGUCAUUUGUGUAAAAGAGUGUUCGAUUCCCCCGCUAAACUUCAGUGUCAUUUAAUUGAACAUACCUAUGAAGGGUGUCCGAGUUAUGAUUGCUACCUUUGUAAAGCGGCAUUUUCUUCUGCUUCUUUAAUUCAGCAACACAUGUUGGAACAUGGAAUGGAAGCAAAACCUUAUAUAUGUUCUCUUUGUCAUCAAAAAUUCUUUUUCAAAGCUGAGUGGAGUAACCAUUCAUUUUGUCAUCCCAAUUAUCCAAAGGAAAUUGCUAAUUUCAGCUGUCAGGACUGUAAUCUAAGGUUUACGUCUUUAAAAAGUUAUCAAAGUCACUGCAAAAUUCAUGAGAGUAGUGGUAAUUUCAAAUGCACGUUGUGCCCCGAAGCUUUUGCUGCUCCAGGAGAUCUUCAACAGCAUCACUUUAAAUACCACGCAGACAAUGAAUUUACAGAUGGAAAAAAGAGCUUUCCUUGUAAUGAUUGUGAUCAAGUCUUCCCUUGUAAAAGUAAUCUCCAAGGACAUCAACGCAUACAUUCACAGGGAGCUAAAUUUACCUGCCCAACCUGCAACAAAGCCUUUUCCGUCUCCAGAAACCUCACAAUCCACAUGAGAACGCACACUGGUGUUAAGCCUUAUGAAUGUCCCAUUUGCAAAAUGCGCUUUGCUAGAAAAGAAAAUCGCAAAGCUCACCUAAAGUCACAUUCUGGUAAAAAACCUUAUUUGUGUCCUCACUGUGGUAAAGGUUUUUCGAGAUCUUGCCACGCUAAGGAACACAUACGAAUUCAUGCAACUUCAACUACCUAUCCUUGUGAAUUGUGUUCAGAGACUUUUCCCUCCACACUAACUUUGAAAAAUCAUCUGGUAUCUGCGCAUGAUAAACAUUUUGACCAUUCUUGUUCAGUGUGCAGCGAAGUGUUUGAAGACGUUGAAACUUUAAACCAGCAUAUGCUAAAGGAGCAUGAUGUACGAACCAAUGUUUCAUCUCCUUUGGAGGAAGAAUCCGAAUCUUCCUUAGGUCAGAGUUCAAGUUCAGGUGAUACAAAAGAUAUGGACAGCAGCGAGUACAGUAGCAAUAUAGAAGAGAGUGAUACUAGAGAUUCCCCUCUGUCCAUCGUAGUCGAUAAUGAAGAACAUUCUAUUCCAGUUGCACAAACUGUAACAUAACACGGAUGAAAAUCAAGCUAUUACUUUAUUUGUAUAUUUAAAAAAAACUUUUUUCGAAAGCAAUGCAAUAAUCAAAACUAAUUGUUUCAUGGUAAUUUUUUUAAACUCUCUUUAUGGACUUAAAAUCAAAAUUAUUCAAUUAAGAUUUUUUUUUCUAAUUGAUUUAUUUUUUAUUUGUUCUAACAGCAUUCAUUCAUAUUUACUUUAUUUAAGAAAUGCAUUUGAAGCAAAAUGUAAAUAAGAUAUUAUUUAUUUAGUGUGUCUUUUGUAAAUACUUUUACCAAAAAUACAGAUUUUUAAUUUUUGUUUUACGUAUUUAAAUUAGUUUAGUGUACGUUUCGUAUCUUUAUAAUUUACAGUUUUUUUUAGUGUACUUAAAAGGGGAAUUUUUUCAAGAAAUUCCAAAUUUUACCAAAGAACUGAUGCCGAUUAAUCGGUAUUUGACGACCAGCAGUCUGUGAUGGAUAUGUGAUUUUGACAGUAGAAAAUUUAUAUUGUGUUUUGUUUUGACUAAAAGUUUGAUCUGAAAAUUUCUUUGUCUUAUCAUUCUUUGAUUUAUCUUGAAUAUUUUUAGAAAUCUUGAUUUAACGGAACUGUUUGAAAAUGCUGAUAUUUGAUAUUACUAAGUUUGAUUAGAAAUACUUAUCCAUGAAAGACAUUAAUCUUUCACCUUAUAUUUCUAACAAUUAUAUAAAAACUUAUUUUGACUACAUGCGAUAUGUAGACGACUAAUCUAAAAUUCUUGUUUUGUAGUGUAUUAUAAAUAUAUUAACCUUAUCAUGCUCAAUAUUUCAUUGUAUGUGUAUUAUUACCAUAAGUUUAUUUCGUUUUUUCACUGCAUAUUAGCACCAGCAAAAUAUUGGGAAAAUAUUAGAUUUGUAAAAUGCUAUUAAAACAGCACCAAAUUAAUGUCAAUCAGAGCGGUAAAAAACACUACCAUUUGCUGUGGUUAUGAUGAUUCAAAGUUUUCUUUUAUAAAUUAGGUAAUGGAUCUGAAAUUACGUUUGAAAAAUUAAGUGAUUCUUUCUACAUAUAUCUUGUUUUAUGCACAGGGUGUUUAGUAAUAGCCACCCUAAAAAUAAAUUUUUAGAAUCUCUGUCGAAACCGAUGUUAGCCCAUUUAAAAGCACAAAUUAAUAUGUUAGAGAGGAAGGAACCAAAAAGUUACCGAAAAUUGUCGAGUUAUAACUGAUGCAGCCUGGGUAACUAACUUCAAAUCCAGUUCAUUGCCUGUUCAAACUUAGAGGUGUAUGCCCUUCAUAUCCUCUGUUUUCUCUGCAAUCAAACAUGUCUUGAUGUUUUCUGUCUCACCUUCCUCAGUAAAGGGGAUUAAAUUUCGAAAGCAUUUUUAUUUUUCCUGGAUUGAAUAUUGAUUUGAGAUUCCAAUUGUGCAUACUUUUUUUAUUUCAUUUAGACACUGAUUCUAAAAAUGUUUAUUAACUGCCGACGUUGCAAUUCACUACAUUGCUAAAUGUAUCAAUAAUUUUUAAUACUGAGUUAUGCCUCAUCAUUUACAAUAUUUACUCUUCCUAUUUAGUUCAAAACAAUGACUGAAAUAUUUCUCAUUUUUUGAUAUUUUCGCUUUUUUUUAACUCUUCUCUAAUUUCAAUUUAAGUAAUUAUAAUUCUAAUUAAAUUGGUGCUAUGUCUUUUCAAGUGUCCUUUAAUUGUACUGUUCAAACGGUUAAUUAUAUAUAAAGAUGGUUUUUCUAUUGAAACUUGUACAUAAUGAUUUUAAUAAUUUAUAUGAAUAAGUGUACAUAUUUUUAUAAUCGGGGCUUCCUACAAUUUUAUAUUAUUGUAGUUUAUAGAUUACUAUAUUCGGAUGAAUUUAAUUUUAUUUUUCACCCAGAAACAAAAUUUGUGGUGAAGAGAAGGAUGACAGUGUUGUUCACUGUUUAAAGAUUAUGAGUCUAUAACUCGAUGUUUGUUACGAUAUUUGUAUGUCCAAAAUAAACAGUAUGAGUGCCUAUUAAA